AGCCGCUGACGUGUUUCAAGCAAUACAAAAACACGAAUCCAUUUACCCUCACACAACAUAGUUCCGUAAAUUUAUCGGGCGAUGUACGAAAUCGUGAUUUCGCCAACAAAAUAACAUCACAGUCAUUUGGUUUUCAGUAUUUCAGACUCUAAAUGAAAGUUGCUAAUUCAAAGCAACAACAAAAACAACAACUGAUUCCAACGGACACAGCGGCCAAAAGUGGGGAGUAGCGGCCGCGGCAACAAUAAACGAAGUGGAAAGCCAGCCGCAUUAAACUGUAGCCGUGGCCACAGUCGCGCAUUAAGCAACAUAGACAGACACACACACACACAAACAUUUCCAAUUGAUAUUACCCCAGUCCCAGAGAGCAGAGAGCAAAGGACACAGGCUAAACUAUGGCGCUGCUGACGAUGAUUGCCCGGGUCAUUGAUGGUCUGCCACUGGUGGGCACCAUGCAGGACGACGAGCAGAGCGGUCGUAGCAUCUUGGAUUAUCAAAAUCAAGCGAAAAUGCUAUUUCGCAAGCUGGGCACACACUCGCCAGCGCGCAGCAGCAUCGAAACAGGACCAUAUUUAUUUCACUAUCUUAUCGAGAACGAUGUUUGCUACUUGGUGAUGGUUGAUAAAAUGUAUUCGAAGCGUUUGGCAUUCAACUAUCUGGAGGAUCUGGCACAGGAGUUUCAUACGAACUACGGCCGGCGUGUCAAUUCGGUGACACGCCCCUACGCCUUCAUCGAGUUCGACGUGUACAUACAGAAGGCGAAAAAACAACUGACAGACCGCAGACGCAACAUAAGCAACAUUAACACACAGCUGCAGGAUGUGCAGCGCAUAAUGGUCCAGAACAUUGACGAUGUACUGCAACGUGGCACUGUCUUGGCGGAGCUGGACACUAAAACACAGAACUUGUCGAUGAUGUCACAGAAGUAUAAGAAGGAUGCCAAAUUAUUAAAUCGCAAAUCAAUGUACGUCCAGGCGGCCGCCGUGGGCACUCUAUUUCUAGUGUUUAUACUUUACUUUUGGGUUUUGUAAUAUAUGUACGUACGUUAGUCGCACUAGAUGUUAGUUGUCAAUAUGUAAUGAAUGUAUGGCUCGUUCGGGCGGCACGCUUUCAUCUUUGUUGUGUGCCGCUGGCAUCGUUGCUUUCAACACGUCAUAGACGACGAGCAGCGGAGCGGUCGUGGCGCCAACUGUGUGCUGCUAGUUUCAAAGGCCAAAAGACAUUUCAAUAUUUAAUAUAGUACUUGUACAACAACAACAAGAGCAGCAGCUGCAGCAGCAACAACAACCUAGAUAAUAAUAACCACUGAAUGGGGGGCACAUCAUUUUGACACGCUGCCCCGCUGCUUGCUUCAAUUUAUACCUUGCGUUGUGGGUUUAAACUACCUUUUAUUUCCAAGCAUACACAUACGAACACUGAACCACACACACACACACACACUCCCAAAGAGAGGCGAGCCACAACUCCAUAAAACGGCGAUAAUAUACUGACUACGGUUUAUGACACUUGUUCAUAUAUUUAAUUGGCUUGCUUAACACCAUUAUCUGGCAUGCAGCAGCGAGAAAGAGAAAGGAAGAGGGAGUGAGAGUAAUGGACAAAAUUAGUUUUAUAUACUGUAUUUAUCUGUUUAUGGAGCCGGCCCACAGGCACAGAAAACUUUUGUAAAUUAUCGUAAGCCCAAACAAAUGUGUGUAUAAAUAGCUUGUAUAUGAUGCUAAUCAUCACUAUGACUAAUGAUGGAUAUCAAUAAAAUACUAUAUUAGGCAAUUUCAAACAAAUUA